CCGCUAGAGGGCCUAAGUUGUCGUUGUACGAUGAUGAGAUGAUUGCGUUGAUGACGAUAGCGAUAAUUACUUCCUCUCUGUUCUACACAAAGGAGAGGCGUACAGGAGUGUUGCAGAUGCGUUGGGUGAAACAGUCUUUGUGCAAGGAAUAGUGUAAAAAAGCAAGAUAUGGAGUCAUAUGAAGCACUGAUGGAAAAUCAGAUGCCACCAAAUUCUUCCAACAUGGUAGACUACCCCGGAUCCUUCCCUCAGUUUCCAAACAAUGGAAGCAUCCCCAGCUCUUACAGCAAUCUGCCCGGCAUGUCAGGAUCUUUCUCUGGUCCCCAAAGCCAAGGUACCGGUGGAGGGAACUUGCCCAUAGGAGCGUUCAGCACUCCCAGUUCACAGUCUGGCUAUGGCAAUAUGUCAUCUGCUACUGGUUCAUCAUCGUUCUCCAUGCCCUAUGACGCCCCAUCAAUGGUGGGGACUUCAGCUAUGGAGAUGUCUGCCCCUCCGAUCGUGUCUCCCACUACUAACAAAGUGAUACCGUCAUGCAACUACUGUGGUCUGGUCCUGUCCUCCAGCAAUGCGCUCAUUGAGCAUAAACGAAUUCACACAGGAGAUCGGCCAUUUGUGUGCCAUGUCUGUAAUAAACGCUUCACACAAAAGGCUCACCUCAAUAUUCACAAAAGAACUCACACAGGCGAGAAGCCGUAUGCCUGUCACAUUUGCCACAAGCGUUUUGCUCAGUCUUCCCAUCUGACAAGUCAUAAACGGAUUCAUACAGAUGAGAAGCCGUAUGUUUGUGGAAUUUGCAAUGUGGGCUUCACGCAGAAGCAGCGGUUAGACGCCCAUCUGAAGAAGCAUCUGGAUCAACCAGGCCAGGAGCUUGGAAGACCUCCACCCUUGAUGACUGCAUCAGGACAGCUGGAGCAGUAUCGGCAAGGACCAGCCAAUGAUGAUAAUGCCUUCAUGCAGAUGAUUGGCCAUGGAAUGCCUUAUGUGAAGCAAGAGCCAGAUCUGAUGGUGGGAGACGGAAACUCUGUUCCCAUGGCAAGGUCAGCUGGAGAUGUCAAACGUGCUAGUCCCAUGGGGAGGAGCUCUGGGUCAAUGGGGCCAGAGUCUCUCAUCAAAAGUCAGAGGUCAGAGGAUGAGGGUCAGGGUAAGUCUAACAAUGGAGGUCAGAAAGGGGAAGAGGGAGAGGAGAUUGAGGGGGAGAAAAGUCCAAGCAUCUCGGCCCCAAGCUUUUCCUCUGAGGGGAUGUUCCUCCAUCCUUCAGGCUAUGUGGCUUACGGGGCUGUGGAGGAUGGGGAACAAUCAAGUGAGCAACCAGCAGCUUCUGAAGACGCCGGCACACCCAGCACUGCUACUCACCCUCAGUCCACAUUGCCCGCGUCUGGUGGUCACCGGCGAAAACCCACCGUGGUGCGGAAGAGGUACAGUGAGUCGCCUGCGGAGGAGGAGGACUUAUCGCCUGCUCAGACCCAGGAUGGCAGCGGCUCCAGUGUAUCUGAGUUUCAGUCUUUUCAACCGCUACAGGCUAAGACUCCUAGCAAUGACUCCAGAGAUGAGGAGGCAGAGGAGGGUAAUGCUGAUGAAUUCCAUGAUACUGGGGAAGUACUAGAUGACAAGAGAGAUCCCCCGUACCAGAGUAGUGCCGGGCGUACGCUUGGUCCUGGUGCAUCCUCAAAAGCUGCCUCCUCUGCUGUUUCUCAAUCACAAGGGAACAUUAUGGAAACUCGCUCUCACAGCCGGCGUUCACUGUAUCAGAGCCAGCCGCGCUUGCAGCACUCAAGUCCUAUGAAUGGAGAGCGGAUAAAUGCGCCCUCAGGCAGAAGCGCAGGCAACCUCACCUUCUCUGGUCACACCGGCACCAUCUCCAGCUCAGGCCUGGUAAAGGUUAACAAUCGUGUCUCCCUGGUUAAUUUCACGGCAGAAGAGCUCGUCUCCCACCUGAUGAAGCGGGAUGAUGUCCACAAGUGUCAGUUCUGCUGCCUGAUAUUCCAGGACGCCGCCAUGUACCACAUCCACCGCAACAUGCAUGACAAAGGGGACAUACGCAGAUGUAACAUGUGUGGGAAGCUGUUGCAGGACAAGUAUGACUUCACUGCACACUUUCUGAGUAUGCAUCAAAGCUAGUCACGGGUAAAAGAUUGCCCAAAAGGAGAUAGAGCUGUGCUAGUAUAGGUACACAAAUGGAAGAAAGCAUUAUUGUCUUUAUUCCCUCUGGAAAAAUUAUGUUUCUGUGGUUUAUACAAAAACCAUCAACUGAUUCUUUGCAAUGUUUGUUCCUAGUCCAGGCAUUCAUUAUUCUCCGAGCUUCUGCAAUAUUUUGCUGAUUCAUCUAUGUGUCGUGAAUGCAAUUGUUUGCUUUCUGUGAUGAAAUUAUUAUUGAAGAUUACUUACCUGCAUCAUGGGCAUUAUUGUAAUUUCUCAAUAAGGUGUAAGUUGGGCCAUAGAUUUCCAUCCCUAAGGGAAAUGAUCAAUUUUACUUCUAUAGCACGCAUAAUGAAGCUCAGUGUUUGUCAGGCUGAAGUAGCUUAUUCUACUGACGAAAUAAUGACACAUGGAGCUUAAAUCAAAUGACUUUUUCGAAUUUGUGAGUUGAAUAUUUCCCAUAUGAAUGGUAACUUGUGGCUCAGUCUGGUAAUUAAUUCACUACUUUAUGGGAAGAUAAUGAUGCAUUGAAACCCCUAAUAAUAUAUUGUCAUGUGUUCUUUUUGUUUCUUUGUAUGCACUCAUUUGAUGAACUAACCAUAAAUGGCAUCUUUGAUGUAGUGAUUAGGCGCUUUGCCAUCACGGGCAGACGACAUGAGUUGGAAUGUUGUAUCCCUCUCCACAUGACCCUGACAGGCAGGACUGAAUGAGCCUGCCUCUUAAAUGAUCUCAAGUGCUCCGAUCGGGCUUAAAACGUCUACCAUUACAUUAAAAAAAAUAUAACUAACCCAAGACACGUUGUAUCUGUGUCAUUUGUUGUAAAUUUACUGUCGCUUUUCUAGUACAGUUAAAUUACAAUUUGUAGACUAAUGCAGUGAUAGUUCACAUGUGUGUUUACACAGCAUAGCUUUGAAUUAUGACAUCCUAGACCAGGCACUGUCAUGGCCACUGCUCUUUGCUCUCUAUAAAAACGCCCCUGGGCUGGCAUGCACCACCGGGGGCGUAUAUUGGGGGGCAAGCCUACAGUCUUGCUAUAAUCAAGUACUCUUGCAACCUUUCCCGUCUUGCCCUCCUUCUGGUUCCAAAUAGAGUCAAUAAAUGGUGCAUUCCAUGGAGGACAGGAAUAACAUCAGAGUGCACAGUCUUGGAAAUUAUAACACCAGUCUAUGGUAUUAAGUUACUUUCUCUUUGUAGUAAAAUUAUUGUGUCUGUACUUGUGUAGUAGAGUGACUAUCUAUGAGGUGCAAAGUAAAGUUCUGUGAAUUAUAUUUUAUAAGAAUAAAUGCCUCAAAGCAGCCAUUAAAGGAAAACGCUUUUGGACACAGAACUAACCUCUGGGAGUAGUUUGAAAAAGAAAGCUGUUUUUUAGACUGUUAUGUCCAGAACACUGGGUCUGUUGCCCAGGAGGGGGGUUCUGACUGCAGCAUGAUGAAGGAAGCCUCCUCGCAAUAAAAUACUGAGAAUUUUUUUACUCUUGAAGUUCACAAGUUUGCAAGGACAAAAGAAAUAAAGCUGAAAAGGAUCUAUUAUCAUGAAUGGAUGUCGCCAAGGAUUUUUUGUUGCUGCCUCAGUCUUAACUUUCCCAAGUGACUGUACUUUAAAAAAUUUGUCUUCAAGAAGCUGUCAUACUGGCAUCUGUGGUAUAGCUGGUAACUUUUAUGCUGUUGCACGCUGAACAUGUAAAUUCGAUGUCAGAGUGUGGAAGUUUUUUUUAUCAAGUAUCUCUGUCUGUCUGCAGGGAGUUUGUGUAUCCCAUUUACCCGGGUUGUGCCUGACAGGCAGGGUUGUAGCAGCCUGCCCCUCAAAUUAUCUAAGUUGUGUCAAUGGAGGCGUAAAACACUGGCAAUUUAUUUUAAAAGCAAUUAUUGAUAAUGUGAAUCAAUUCCGUUGUUCUCCGACAUAAUGUAGGCCGCUUGUGUUUUCUGGUGUGGAACUGGAACUGGAAUAUUCAUUAUGCUUUGUGUGUGUGGAGUUCUUUUGCAGAUUUUGUCGCAUCAUUCUGAAGACAUUAUAAUAAUAAAAGGAAAUAUUGAAAAGGAUUUGUACAAUGUUUUAAUUGUGCAGAAAGUCUUUUAUUCUACAAUAUUUGUAAUACAAUGAAAGGAAAGAAAGCAUUGAUUGUUCAUACAUGUACUUUGUUUUAAAAAAGAUUUCAUAAUAACUUUUAAAAGUAAGACUAGAUCUAUACUUACGUGUACUUUCAUGAUUUUGCUGGUGCAGUUUUUAAUCUCUGUGUCUUUUCUUUUGUUCUUUCCUUGUGGGGAUUAUAAUAAUAUGGUCAGAAUGUUUGUGUGAAUCUACUGCCACUGUAAGAUACGAGCAUGUGAUUUUAUUGUCACAGCAAAAGAUGUUCUUUAUCUGAUGGACAGCUUGGUGUAUGCUUUAUGUCGUAGAAAUCAUAGGCUGUGGUAGUCAUAGCUUGAGAAUUUGACUUUGUCUUUUCAAAUGGUGUAAGUACAUAUUCAAGGACCAUGGUGAAAAAAAUAAAUCCAGGUUUUUUUUAAAUGGCUAUAAUGAAAGCGUGAUUCAAAGUCUGAGCAAACAUUACUAUAAAGCUGUUAGAUGGCCAUUUUUAUCAUAGUCAAUUGAAUGAGUGUUGGAAGGUGAGGCUUGUCUCUCUAUCUAGAAGAAAAGCGUGCAUAUAAAGGAGUGUUUUCUACAGCAGCCUUUUUCACAGCUGGACUCCAAGUGGUUUUUGUGAAGUUACUGGUAUGAUGUAGACCACAGGAAAAGUAUUUUUUAGGGUACGUAAAAAAGAAAAA